AUGGGGGAUGGUAUGCCAAGGUUACUCACCGAUGAUGAGUUCUUUGCACUGGUUCAAGCCCAUGGACUCCAAGUUGCGGCAGAUGAAACAGCGAAGGAGCAGCAGUCAGAGGCACAGACAGCCUAUGACGAGGCUGUAGCAGCAUGGCAGGAGGAAAGUCGGAAGAGGGACCAGCACAAUGAGCAGGCCGGCCAAGGCAAGAAGAAGAGCCUGAAGCAAAAGGUACCAAAGGUACUGCCACUUAUAUUUGUGGAUGAUGAGCCUGGAGAUGCUCCAGUCGCCAGAGUGCCACCCAAGCCACCAAAACAGCCUCUCCCAGGCAGGAAGCGGAAGUUCUGGUCACCCGAGUAUGCCGAGGACCCGGCUGAGGGUACCAACAUUGAGACCCACACUGAUGAUGAGGAUGCCAACUUGUCAGAGCCAGAAAAGCCAGAUGAAAAGUGGGAUGCCUUUGUUCAAAGAUGUGCAUUGCGCGCCAAGCGCAUCAAGUGUAGUAAUAACUAG